AUGAGUGACAAGUGGGAAGUUGCGAAUUUCAGUCUAAGCACAAAUGUCCAGAAUGAGACUGAAAGAGAGAUCUUUGCCAAUGGUAAUAUGCAGGCGCAGAUUAACGUCAGAAUCAAAGCCACCGUUUACGACACAUUGAAUACACCCUACCAGCUCACCGAGUCAGACCUGGAGAGUCUCAAGUUGAUCGAUUAUAGCACAAAGGAGGAGUUGGCGGGAAAAUGGACUUAUUCCAGGGAAGAGGACGAGAUUUUUGUUCAUACUAUGCCAGGGCAGCUGCCUUCUGCAGCACCCGUUGUGCCCAAUGCGGAUGGUUCUCAAACUGUUGUGCUCUGGGUCUCAUCAACCACGCUUGGAGAUAAAAGGAUCGCCGCCCAGAUUACGGAGCUUGGCGAGAAACCAGCAAUUGUCACUACGACCGGUGGCACUUAUGAUUCUAGCAUUACAAUUGUCGCCAAGCAGCCAAUCACUUACACGAUGAAUGAUGUUACCGUUACCCGAGAAGAUACGGCCGAAGGUUUUUGGUCCAAGAGGGUCUGGUUUGGGAAUACCGAGAAGAGGUAUGAAUAUGCUUGGGACCAAGACAACUACUAUAUCAAAUCCAAACUCUAUCCAUUUGUGAAAGUGGAUCCUAAAAAUGUGGAUACCGAUGGUACACAGCAGCCCUAUGGACGGAAUACUUACUUCCGGGAUGCGUUUGCCUAUUUGGGCUUGGGUAACAAUAGGGACGUCAGCAUAUUUUUCAUGCCGCAAAUGGGAGGUUCAAGCACGAAGUGGCGCGAUACAUGCGCGAAGGUCACGGUCAACCAGAGGCCGAACGAAUUGUGUCUCACUCGUCUCUUGUUCGGAAACGGCUGGGUCUCUUGGUAUUCAAACUGGCAACAAGAUACUUGGUUCACUAUUUACGAUCAAUAUGGAAAUCCCGGCUACUUUUCAGUCAAAACGAACGGAAGCAACACCAUUUCCAUCUCGACCAGAUAUGUUAACGAAGAGUUAUCGGCUGAUUCUAGAACCAUCGAGUCCACUUCAAAGCUUUGA